GGGGUUUUUUUCUCUCUGGGGACUCACGCGGCUCCUUCGCCGCGAGGUUCGCCUGGACUGGCAGGUCAGACUGGCAGGGAAGCGUGACAACACGCAGGCCAUCGUGUACUUAACACUUUUGUUAAUUUGUGCAAAACUUGUUUGAUGCUUAUAAAGUGCAGGAAGUUUGCUUUCAUAUGAGGCCUUCACCUGUGCACUUGUUAAUCACACAGGAAAAUAAACGAAUGAGUCCCCGAUCCUUUAUUCCUCAAAUGCUUUUCCAGUUCUGUAGUGAUGGUUUUGAGCUAAGGCCUUGAGAGUAGAAACGAUGUUUCACCUAACUUGUUAGUCACACAUAGCUAGACAGUAACUGUUUAUUCAUUAAACCUCACCUUUUAUUCAACCUUAUUAACUCUGUCUAAAGUGGGGCUUUCCAUAUAACUUUAAUAAAUUGAGGGAACGUAGAGUGUAGCAGUCUGAAAACACUCUGGAGUCAAGCUGCCUAGAAUUAAAUCUGAAUUAAUUAUAGGCAUGCUCUACACCUCGCUUUCCUCUUAAUGUAAAUGGAGGUGGUAAUAGACCUCUCCUUCAUAGAGUCCUAAAGAUUAAAUGAGUUGAUAGGUGUAGACAUUUAGAACAGUGACCCACAAUAAAUAAAUGUUAGCUGCCAUUAAUUCUCUUGCUAAUAAUAUUUGCAGCAACUUACAUUUCCCCUUAAAGGAGCAGGACAGAUAAGUUGGUUUGACUUAACUUUUAGACUGCUGAAAACACUGAUCCAGUUAUUUGUUGCCCUUUUAUAUCCUUAUAUUUUAGCAGUGAUCAGUCGACCCCUUUAGAUUUCUUUGGAUUUCAUAUUCUUUAAAGGAUCCAAAUUAAAAGGAGUUUUUUUUUUUUUUGCAUUGAUCUUUUUGAUAUAUUAAUGAUACCUUCUGUGCGCUAGUCAAGAGAGGAUUUAAAGAUGAAAAGAACAAAACUUACCUAGACUAGAGAUUUCCGUUUUAGUGCUGUGAAGUCUAAUAUAGUAGCUAUCAACCAUUGUGGCACUAAACACUUUACAUGUGGCUAGUUCAAAUCAAAGAGACACUAUUAAUGUAAAAUACACGCCAAUUUUGAAGCACAAACAAGAAUGCAGCAUGUCUCAAUGUAUUUAUUUUGAUUACAUGAUAAUGUUUUGGGCAAAAUAGGUUAAAUAAAAUUUUAAUCUAUUUCUCUUUACUUUUAAUGUGAACACUCCAAUUAUAAAAUUACACAGGUGGCUCACAUGUUUUGUUGGACAGCCCUGGUUUAAUGUCUAAAACCAGUAAUGGCAGCACUGUGAUAAGAACAGGUGGUAUAAAUAAGGGACUGUGAGAAAACAGGGCUGUACUUAACUGCGUUAACAAUGUCAGGGAAAACCUCAGGUGUGAAGUAACAUUUCAAAUAAGCCCUGAAAAGUUUGUUUCUCAGACAGAGGAAAUAGGAGUAGAAGUAGCAUUCUAAAAAUCUCAUUGAUAAGAACAUAAGCUUUAAAGUGAGAACUAUAUUUGACUUCCAGCUCUACUGGAACUUUGGUAACUUUGUGACCUUGACUAUUUAGAGAGGUUAUCCUAACUUGUUUAAGUAUGUUUCUUCAUCUCUAAAAAUGAUAAUAUUUACUUAACAAAUUUCUUCGGAGGAUUAAGGAGUAUUAAAGAAUUUAGAACAGAAACACAUUAAAGAGUACUCCGUAAAUGUUAACUUUUAUUAUCAAAUAAAGAGAAUGGUGCUUUGGAAAGUACUACUGAUGGAGCUUGACCAAAGGGCCUUUGGGAAGCAUGUGGUGAGAUGAGAUGAAACCAGAAAGAUGGGCAUGAUCCAAAUUACAGACGGCUGAGGCAAUUUACACUUUAUUCAGUGUAGCCCUAGAGAAAAAUCAGGGGCUUCUAGUAAACCUGUGGUAUCACCUUUAGUAAGUUAACUUCUCUGAAUCUCAAGUUCUUCACUUGAAGAUAUGCCUGAUGAUAAUUUAUAGAGGUAUUGUGAUGAGGUGAUGAGACAGUAGAUAAAAUUAGUCAAACACUUGUCCUAUAGUAGAAGCUUAGCACAUGGGAGAUACCCUUUUAUUGAAAACAUUGAUUACUAUGUGCCUGACAGUAGCCUUCAAAACAGCAAAAGGGUGCUUUCUAGGCCCUCAAAAUAUUCUGGAUAUGUAAAUUAGUAAUAGGAGAGCUUUAAUAACAGUUUCUAGAGGGUGUAAUGGGAACACAAAGCAAAGAUCAAUACAAUCAUUCUAAAUUGGAUCAUAUAUUCCCAAGCAUAUUUCCCAAGCAUAAUUAAUUGUUUCACUGUUGGUCAGUGUCUACUAGAAGAAUAUUCUCUUUUUUAAACUAAUUUAUAUUGGAUGAGAUCUGUGAAAGCUAUUUUUGGCUUUAUUGGUCUCCUUGAUAUAUCUCGUGUACUCACACUAGCUGUUAUUUUCAUUUCAGUGUCUUUGAAAAUCUGUUACCACUUCAUAUAUGUUGAGAGCUCUUUUUGUAUAAUACAUUGUAAAAGGAGGGAGAAAAUCUCAGAUGUUUCUAGUCUGUUUUCUAGUCUGUAUCACAUAACCUCCUUCUGGGAAUUUGGUAUAAAAGGACAAAGGGAUGGAUUCGUUCAGUCCGGUCCCAGAAGGAAGUCUUGUUCCUGCAUGUAAAUGAUGGCUCGUGUUUGGAGAGCCUUCAGGUUGUAGCAGAUUCAAGCUCUGACAAUAGAGAACUAGCUUUUGGGAGUUCUGUAGAAGUUCAAGGGCAGCUGGUAAAAAGUCCAUCCAAAAGGCAAAAUGUGGAACUGAAAGCAGAAAAAAUUGAAGUUGUUGGAAAUUGUGAUGCCAAGGCUUUCCCCUUUAAAUAUAAAGAGAGGCAUCCUCUGGAGUAUCUGAGACAAUACCCUCACCUUAGAUGUAGGACUAAUGUCCUGGGUUCUAUUUUGAGGGUUCGCAGUGAAGCCACAGCUGCCAUUCAUUCUUUUUUCAAGGACAGCGGCUUUGUGCAUAUCCACACUCCAAUAAUCACGUCCAAUGAUUGUGAGGGGGCUGGAGAACUUUUUCAAGUUGAACCUUCAAGCAAAAUAAAGGUACCUGAAGAGAAUUUCUUCAAUGUUCCUGCUUUCUUAACUGUCUCAGGACAACUUCACCUAGAAGUGAUGUCAGGAGCUUUUACCCAAGUGUUUACCUUUGGUCCAACAUUCCGAGCAGAGAAUUCUCAGAGCCGGAGACACCUGGCAGAGUUUUAUAUGGUGGAAGCAGAAAUUUCUUUUGUUGAGAGCCUUGGCGAUCUCAUGCAGGUGAUGGAGGGGCUCUUCAAGACUGCCACAAUGUCGGUUCUCUCAAAUUGUCCUGAAGAUAUUGAACUCUGUCACAAAUUCAUAGCUCCUGGCCAAAAGGACAGACUAGAACAUAUUCUAAAAAACAACUUUUUAAUCAUUUCUUAUACUGAAGCAGUGGAGAUCUUAAAGCAGGCAUCCCAGAACUUCACUUUCACCCCAGAGUGGGGUGUGGAUCUACACACUGAACAUGAAAAGUAUCUGGUGAAGCACUGUGGCAACAUACCAGUCUUUGUUGUUAAUUAUCCAUUAACACUCAAGCCUUUCUACAUGAGGGAUAAUGAAGAUGGCCCUCUGCACACAGUUGCUGCUGUUGAUCUUCUGGUUCCUGGAGUUGGAGAACUCUUUGGAGGAAGCCUUAGAGAAGAACGGUACCAUUUCUUAGAGCAGCGACUGGCAAGAUUAGGACUAACGGAAAUAUACCAGUGGUAUCUGGACCUCCGCCGAUUUGGAUCUGUGCCACAUGGAGGUUUUGGGAUGGGAUUUGAACGCUAUCUGCAGUGUAUCUUGGGAAUUGACAAUAUCAAAGAUGUUAUCCCUUUUCCAAGAUUUACCCAUUCAUGUCUUUUAUAGCUGGAAGACUGGUUUAAGAAAAUCACCCCAUGCCAGAGGUAUGAAUGAACAUAUAGGAAAAUGCAUGCUUGAUUUUUAGAAAUGCAAAUAUGGAAUGGUCAUACCAUAAGGUACAACAUAUGAAAAAUGGAAGUGAUCAUGAUUUUCUUUAAAAAUUGAGUACAUUUCAUGGAACAAUGUCUUCCUUCAAGUAAAGGUUCCUAUGGCAAGUAGAAUCUCUCAAAUCUGUUAUGUCAAUAAGAAAUGGAACUAGAUGGUCUCAAAGGUCCUUUCAAACACUAACACAGGAUGAGAUAGUACAUUUACUUUGUCUUUAGUCAUUAGAUCACUGCCAUGUGUGAUCUUUGAGAAACAACAAGCAGCUACAGAUAAAAUGUUAUUUGGCUCUUUUUUCCCUUGCCAUUUAACCUAUGAUAAAUGCCCAUCUUAUUCCUGGUGCGUUCUAAAUAUUACAGAAGAAAAUACUCGUUUUUCAGGUCUUAAUUGAGUGAAUAAAGUUAGUAUCUGAACUGAAAUCUUCUUUCAUCAGACCAGCUGAAGGAAUUGUAUUUAUAAUUUUUGAUCUUUAGUUACAAAUGCUAAUGAGAUGUAAUCAUUCACUGCUGUGUUGUAAUUAGUUUAUAUUGAAUGUUUCUACCUUCUUUAAUAAUCAAAAUAGAUUUUUGAUACCUAUGAAAGAAAAAAAUUUUGUAUUUCAAAAUUCCAUUGACCUUUUUCCAGAGAAAUUUGGAAGAUAUUUUCAAUCCAAGAGGAGGAUGGAAAUAUGGUUACUCUUAAAGGUUCAGUGAUUCUGGAGUCAAAAAGUAAUAUAUUCUGUGAGCAUUUACAUGUGAUUUUGAAUAGGCCAUUAAUUCUGUAGAAAUUUGUGCAUCAUUUUCCUCAGAGUUGAUACAAUAAUUACAUGAAAGUGUGUCUGUGUAUGUGCAUGCACAUAUGUGUGUUUAAAACUGAAAUGCUACACACAAUUUUUCAUUCUUUGAGACUUGAGUUACAUUAUGUGUGGAAUUAUAGAAAAUUGUCUACUCAGUGGAAUUUGUAUGCAUCAAAUAGUUGUAAAAGGGCAUACAUUCCUAAAUCAUCAAUUCUCUUAAGUUUCAUUAGAUGACUUUCUUAGUAUUUCCUUAGAAGUUUAUUUUAUUUACUUAUUUAACCUAACUCAAAGUCAAACAGCAGAAAAUAACUACAGUAACUUACAAUUGGAAAACACUGAGAGAUUGUCAAGGUUGAACUUCUGCCUAAUGCAGAGAUCUUAUAUACCUAGGUAUCCUCUUGGCAAGGAGCUCAAUAUACCAUAACAUAACUCAUUCCAUUUCUGAAUCUCUGAUUGGUAACUUUUGCUAAGUUAAAAAUCUCUGCCAAAAUCUAUUUCCUUGGAACAUUAAUCCCUUGGUCUUAGGUAUCAAGUUUAGAACAGUUUAAGACUUGUCUUCAUCAGAUGCGUAAGAGAUAAAUUCAUUUGUUUAUUCAACAAAUACUAUUUGAACUUAUUCUCUAUGCUAAGAACUGUACUAUUGCUGGAUAAACAGUAGUGAACACCAUAGAAAUGAUCGCUGCCAUCACAGAAUUUGCAUACAGAGAAGAUAAACAAUCAGUAAUCAAAUGUAUUAUUUCAAAAUAUGACAUGCUAUAAAAUUAUAUAAAGAACAGGACAAGCAUCAGUAAACUAAAGAAAACAUUUGCAACACUAGUUAAUAUUGACUUGGCAUUGAGGGUUACUUGAUACUAUAUUUUAUAGAGCAAAAAUCACGAACAUUCACAGGCUUUAAAACUGGAGGCACUAAUGUCCAAGCUAUCAGAAAUCAGUGACUCUUGAGGAACUGGAUAGAUUUUUAAUAUUAACAUGAUUGCUGGACAUCAAAGUUUACAGUAAUAGUAAAGAACUGAAUUGAAGAAACUAGAUUCUGGUUCCAACACCACCAUUAAUUUAGCUGUGGAGCAUUCAGGAACUAAAAUCAUCUUUGUGGCCUCAUUAUUUCAUCUGCAGAACUACCAUUUCAAGUAGUGAACGCUAAGGAUUCUUCUGUCUCUUGAUCUUCUAUGAUUUUGAUCUUCUAUGAUUAUGAGUAACUUUUUCUAUUGAUUUAGAGUAACUUUUAGAUGUCCAAAAAUGUAUGGUAAAAUCAAAUCACUGAAAGUUUAACUAAUGAUUGACUGAAAUGUGUGCAACAAGAGUGUAUGUGAUAUACAGGAAAGUCCUUCACAAGGAGUCAAAUAUAUACUGCUCCUGACCUUUAUCAUAAUCUUCAGCAAUAUAUUUUCAAAGCUUUAUUAUACUUAUUCACUUAUUUCCUUCACAAUCGAUCACACAAUGAGUAUCUGGUUGAUGUCACAGCCUCCCACUUGUAACAAACCUAAUAGUUUCCAUUUUUGGCUCUAAUACUUAUGUUUUGCCAAAAAUGGAAGAAAAGCAAAUACUGGUAUCAAAGAUGAUGAAAAUGCCAAAAUUAAACUAUUGCUUGCAAGUAGCAUCAACAAGAAAGACCUUUAAAAUGUCCACUUGUCAGCUGAUCUCUGAAUAUACAAAUUCCACAUACAAGCAUCAUUCUAAAAGUCUAUGUAUAAUGAAUAAAACCAUGGAUUUAUAGUUGAGGAUUGUACUAUUGUAAUAUUCUUCUAGGAUUUAAUUUUUAAGUUCAAAGAUGAUUUGAAGGUGUUAAUUAUUUAUUUAGUAACUAAUUUCCAGUGGAGGGAAAGUCAGAAUCUGUUCUCCCAAGAUUUCCAAACACCCCCUCAAAAUAGAACCUCAGCUACGCAAAUAAGAGUGUAUUCUAAAAUUUAGAAAUAUUUUUUCCACCAUUAAUUCCCAUUCUUAUUUCAAAUUUUGAGGUAGGUGUAGAAAAAUGGUCACUUUCCAUCCGAUUGUCCUCUUUCUUGGGUAAGUUGUGCUGUGUGUGUCUUUUUUUUUUUUUCUUUCUGUUUUUGUUUUUUUUUUUUUUUUUUGACUGACAAGAACUUAAUUGUGUGAGUGAUCCAUUCCAGAACUAGACAUAAUUCCACCCUCUGACCCAGCCCAGAGACUCUUUAACUGUCACAAAACAGCAAAGGAACUGUUUGACCUUUUGUCCCUUUCAGACAGGAUCUGCCAGAAGCAUCCCUCUACAAUGUUACACAUUCAUAUUUUCUAUAAAUUGAAUCUAGACAUUCAAGCAUGACUGAACAGGCAUUGAAGAUGCAAUUUGGUGAAAUGAAUUACUCUACCCUUCUUUAAAUCUCUUGAUUCAGAUAAUUAUAGAUGAAAGAUGCUUAUUUGGAUUGGAUUCUGUUUAUUCAUAUAUUUAUUUUAGUAAGUGGUGAGGGCAGAACAUAAAAAUGCAGCGUUGAAAGACAGAUUGACUUGGAUUGAAUUGGUAAGAAAUGUGUGGGGCUUUUUGGCUUUGGAUCAAUAUUUGUAUUCAGUCUGCAAUCUAAAGUAUGUAUAAUAAAAAGAAAACAGGUGGGAGUAAUAUCUGAUUAUAGCUUCUUCCCAGUUUAUAUUCUAAAUUAAAAGAUUAAAAGCACUAAAAGCAGAAAGCAACCUUAAUCACCCUCGCUGAAAUGAUUCAGUAGGACUUCCAUAAUGAUGCCAGUUUAUUAGGUUUCGGUCAUCAUCCUUCCAGACAUUUCUGCUAUUGCAAGGUCCUUGACAGCCUGAUCAUCUAAGCCCCACUUAGCUCAUGAGCAGUUUGGUUUGGACUCCAGUGAAUUUACAUCCAUUAUUAGCUCCCUGUGUGACAACUUCUGGGAGACCUUUGUGAAGUCAGAUAUUAAAGUGGUUCUUCAGCUGUCAUUCAUGCAGCUGAUCAUUGAAUUAACAUAACUCAUGACUCUUAAGUAACUUUCUGCUACAUCUUUGCUGUUCAUAAUUGUUAUUAAUGACUACCAUUUGGACAAUGUGUUAUAGUUUAUGAAAAAAUGUUAUUAAGUCACAAUAUAUUGUGGCUCUUACUUGUAUCUUAUUGUACUGAAUUCAUUUGGUUUAAUGAAAAAUUAGUUCAUUUAUUGUCAAGAUUAGUUAUUAGGAAUUCCUAAUAUUGAGAGAGAAUAAAAUUAUAAAAAUGAAGUUCACUGCUCUCAGCCUCCAGAGAAACUGCAAACACCUUUAUAGUAGUCAAAGAAUCUUGCAUCUUAAGCCUCAGAGUUUUCUGGGCUUUUGUAAAAUGAACACUUUGACCUCUAAUUUCCUUCUUUGCAUGGAAGAAGUGACUUAAGAAUGCAAAAGAAAGUGAUGAUUGAGCUCAGAGACAUCCUAGUAAAGAGAAACAUUGAAAAUGAAAUAAAGGGUCCUGGACCCAGCAAUAUGUUCAUUAUGCCUCAAUUUGUUUCAUGAGAUUAUAGUCAUAUUAUAGUCAAAUUUCAGUGACUUUUAGAAUCAACCUAGAAAGCACAUAGGUAGAUAAAGGAACUUUGGUAAGAAUGAUUAAUAUCCUUCCCAAUGUGCUUAACUUUUGAUAUUGCAAGAUGGUGUUCUAAGAACAGAAACUCGUUGGACCCAUUUAGCAAAAGAAAUUUCAUGCUACAAAUAUACAUGUAUACAGCUAGAACUAUAUUUUGCAGAGCCAGGGCCAUUUACAACUGUGACUCUCACUCUGACUUAUAACCUUCUCUGCCUGCCCACUGGCUCAACAAGAACUGCUGGUUUGCUGUUUAACUAGAUUGGAAAAAUCACUUAGAGAUCCCUUCCCCUGUUUAUGAUGUAUAAACCACCCUCUGGAUUGCACAAGUUCCUAGUAAUUUACACACUAUCCACUCAAUGAGCGGGAAAUCUAUGCCUAAGUAAGAACUCUGAUAGUAACAAGAGGGGCCCCUCCAUAGCAUGUAAAUACAAUAAAUUAAAAACACAGCAAGCAACACAUUUUCUUCUCCCCAGCCAUCUCGUCUCCAGAAUAGAAUCUCUGUAGCACUCAUGUAGAUAAUCUGUCCUUCUCUGAGGACAGCUCCCCACUCAGUUAUUCAUCAGUCAGUGUGUCUUUAAAAAGGGCCUUCCUCUUAGUAGAGGAGUGGUUUUCUCCACUCUCCAUUCAGCUGCUACCCAGUGUCCUAUAAUAACCAUCAAUAUUAGAAGGGUUUUUAAGUCUUUAGUGGCUCCCUUCUAUCUGUCUUAGAGGCCAUAGUAGUUGUUCCUUUUCCUCUGUGUAUAAACUGCUAGAGAAUCUUAAUAAUUACCACUUCAGAAUGUUAGGCCAAUCCCAUCCCCUUCACUUUUGAGAAAUUCAAAAAUAAGCUUGGGACAUACUGUUUUUGAAGAACAUCAGUUCAUUCACUAAAGAGUUCCACUAAUAUACACAUUUUCUUUGCAGCCCCUCAAAAGGUGGCAACUAAUUCCUCUGCUGUUAGGAUAUGGCUGACGAGUUACCGCUCUAUGUCAGCCUGAUGCUGUACUUACAAGUUGCAGAAGCUUGGGCAAGUUAUUUGUCUCUGAGUCUGUAUAUGCAUCUGUAAAAUGAGGAUUAUACUUGGCCUACAGAGUAUUGAGAACUAUAAGAUGGUUUUGUAAACUGAACAGUAAGGUCUGAGGGAAACUUUCUCAAAACAAAAAAAGAAAUCUGUGUAAACUAAGGUAUGUAUUACAUGUUGAAUGAAAUAUCUUGCAGCCAUUGACUAUUAUAAAAGCAAAUGUGUUGAAAAAGAUUUUUAUUGCAGUUUGAUUGUAACAGUAUAAAAGCUAGGUACAUAGAAGCAUAGAUAGAAAAAUGAAAUCAGCUGGUUUAGGGCAGUGGAAUCACGUGGCUUUUUCUUUAACAAUUUCCUUGGUGUCUUCAGUUCAGUUCAAUAAAUUUAUUGAGCACUCACUUUGCCAGCUCAGUGCUGUACUCCAGAUGCAGAGAGAACUAGGACAAGCUCUUUUGUCUCGGGGACAGUUGUUGUCAAAGUUUAUUGUGUAUAAGAACCAUCUGGGGAGCUAAUUAAAAAUUCAGAUAACCCUAGCCCCACCCUAGAAAAGCUGAUUGUGUGAGUCUGGGAUGAAACAUUUACAAUUUGCAUUUCUUGAUCAGUCACCCUGGAUGAUUGUAACGUAGGUAGUUUGAGUCUACACUACAUUGUAAGAGCCUUCAUUGAGGUUUUAGUAUUUUUACAGUAAGAUAAGUAACAAUUACACAAAUCUGAUCAUUGAAGAUUUGUGUUUGAUUGUUCUCUUUGCACUCUUGAGUUGUUUCUUAUGCCUCUUUGUCAGGGAUGAGAAAGCCAGCCUGCAGAAUGGUUGUUCUCUGGAAGCCAUGCAACAUAGCCAUGCAACAUUCUCCACCUUUAUCUCUUCCUCACACCCUCUCUCUUCUACCACAUAUCUGAUUUCUCCUAUGCCUAGUAAUAUAUCGGCAUCCAGGUGCUUCCCUUUCCUUUCUCCAUCCCAUUCCCUAACCAUAUAUGCCAAUUUUAUUGAGGGGUGGGGCUUAUAUCUAGUUUACUAACUUGUACUGGAAGGCUUUUGUACAUGGUUCUCAAAAAACUUAGCAUCAACAACCACAAAAAUAUAUGUUGAAAUAUUCAUGCCUUUAUGUUUGUCAUUUAGCUCUUGAUUUUUUUUCCCAGUGGGUCAGUAGUUCUCAGCAGAUUCCUGUCCUGCCCUUUGAGUUAGCCUCUACCCUGCACCCUGAGUCAGUACUGCUCGUCUCCACAUGCCUGUGAAUGGGCUUGGGUGGCUUUCUCAGGCUACACGCCUGUCACCUCUUAGUCACCACGAGUCAAAAAUAUUAACAACUCUAAUCACAGUGUCUGAGGCUCCGGGGCUUUGUUUCAAACAUAGUGAUGCUCAAAAAUGCAACUAGGCUUCAUACACUUCCGCAUAUUUAUAUUAUAGUGUUAGCGUUUAUAUUACUUGUACUUCAAGAUAUCAAGGGUUGGACAAGAGCUUCCAGACUCCCUGCUUUCAUUAUGCUCCUGCUAAACCUUAUGCAAAUACCAGUACCCCUCUGCUCCUUUAUCUUUUCCACCUCAACAACAGCUCCAUAAGAACAGAGAGAACCCUUUCAUAUUUGUAACUGCAGUGUCAUGGAGAGUAUCUGGCACACAGUGGGUACUCAUUAAAUAACUCUUGAAUUAAUUAGCUAUCAUUGAGGCAUCUAAAAAGAGAAAAUAUGUCCAUCAGACAAAAGGGAAAUGCUCCUUA